AUGGUCGUGAUAUCUCCGAUUGAGACUAUCUUCUUAAAGUCUCAACAUCGUCUUCUUCAACCUCGAGGCUAUUCCUACCCUGUGGUUUCUCACAAAACUCGACGAGUUGCAAAUUUCUCAUGUUCUUCUUCUCUAGGAUCAUGCUCUGUAGGCUUCCCACUACAAACUAACUCGAUUUCGCAAAAUGGGAGGUCGAGUUUUUCAUGGAGGAGAUAUGUUUCAGAAUCUGACGCAAACGAGAUCUACCAUAAGAAAGUUUCUAUAAUGGAAACAUUAAAGCAAGCAAACUCUUUUAUUCCUCAUACAGUUCUCUCAAGUGCAAUCUUAGCUCUUCUUUAUCCACGUUCUUUCACAUGGUUUAAACCAAGGUACUUUGUGCCUGCCUUAGGUUUCAUGAUGUUUGCUGUUGGAAUCAACUCUAACGAAAGAGACUUUCUUGAAGCUCUUAAAAGACCAGAUGCUAUUUUCGCGGGGUACAUCGGACAAUACUUGAUUAAACCUAUCUUAGGUUACAUUAUCGGCGUAAUCGCUGUCUCUCUUUUCCAUUUACCUACUCCUAUAGGUGCUGGAAUCAUGUUGGUAUCAUGUGUUAGUGGAGCUCAGCUAUCUAGUUACACUACUUUCUUGACGGAUCCUUCACUCGCACCGAUUAGCAUCGUCAUGACUUCGAUAUCUACUGCUACCGCGGUCCUUGUUACGCCAAUGCUUUCUCUCUUGCUCAUUGGCAAAAAGCUUCCUAUUGAUGUGUUUGGGAUGGUCUCUAGCAUUCUCCAAGUUGUUAUUACACCUAUUGCUGCAGGAUUGCUUCUAAACCGGUUAUUUCCAAGGUUGUCUAAUGCAAUCAAACCAUUUCUUCCUGCGUUAACACUUAUCGACAUGGCUUGUUGCAUGGGAGCACCCAUCUCUAUGAACAUCGACUCAAUCUUGUCUCCAUUCGGCGCAACCAUUCUGUUCCUCGUUGUCACGUUUCAUCUAUUGGCUUUUGUCGCGGGUUACUUUUUCGCUGGUUUCUUCUUUAGCAAGGCACCUGAUGUAAAAGCCCUACAAAGAACAUUAUCAUAUGAGACAGGAAUGCAAAGUAGUCUUCUUGCUUUGGCUCUCGCGACAAAGUUCUUUCAAGAUCCUCUCGUUGGUGUGCCUCCAGCAAUUUCUACAGUGGUUAUGUCUCUGAUGGGUUGCUCGCUUGUUAUGAUAUGGAAAAACAAAAAGGAGUAG